AUGAGUUCCCAAUUUGCAAAUCGCAGAAAGCCCCGCAAGAUUGGUGGUGAUGAUGAGGAAAAUGAUGCCGACGAGCAAGAUUCUGGGCCUGUUGUCAAGCGCCCCCAAGCCUCCAAAACGAAACAAAAGUCGAACUUACGUCUCUCUUUCGGCCCCGGUGGUACCUCCAUGGCAGACGAUGGCGAUCAGGAAAGCGAAGUAGUUAUUCCCAAACGACCCGGCCUCGCCAAACGGGCUCUAGAGAAGAGCGCGCUUCAGCGAUCUUUGACACCGUCCGGUGCAGGCGGCCAGAUUCCUCUCAGGGUAGGGCCGGAGCAGGAUAGACCGAGUUAUAGCAACGAUUAUCUGAAAGAACUCCGCGACUCGACACCUUCUACGCCUAAGCCCGCGGCCGAGGAUGAGUCGGAAAAGACAAUUGAUGUGGCUGCGAAGUUUGGUGAGGUAAUGAAGGUCUCCACCCCCGCUGCUAUUCCCAGUGAAGCAGAGAUCAGAGAGAAGAAGGCUCGGAGAGCACGGUUGGCGAAGGAACAGGGCACUAUUUCUACAGAGAAAGAUUUCAUAUCGCUUGAAGAUGAUAUGGAGGAGGACGACUGGGAUCUGCAAGGGCGGCGAGAGGAGCUCAAAGACACUCGGCUCGUCCGAGAUGACGAAGAUUUCGCUGAAGGGUUUGACGAAUUCGUGGAAGAUGGACGCAUAUCCCUCGGCAGGAAAGCGGAGAAAGAGCAGAAAAGAAAACAACGUGAAGAGAUGAGAGAGCUCAUUGAUGAUGCCGAAGGUCUGUCGGACGAUGAGGAUUCGGAUCUGGAGGAAAAAGCGGCCUACGAAGCCAGUCAGACAAGAGCUGCCAUGGGUGGCGGCAAAGAUCACAUCGAUCGCCCACGGACGCCGCCCAAGAUGACCUCGCUUCCUCGUCUGUCGAACUGUCUUGAUCGUUUGCGUAUCAAUCUGGCUGUCCUAGAGAAAUCUAAGGCGCAGAUGAUCGACCGUAUGGAAGAGUUGAGGAAGGAGAAAGCGGACAUUGCUGUCCGGGAGGUGGAAAUCCAGGCUCUAAUAAAAGAAGCUGGGGAUAACUACGAGAAGCUUAAACAGGAGGCCGGGAUCACUCCUGGCUCUCAGGAGAACUUAUCUGCAGCCGAUGAGAUCGCAAACUCACGAGGCCUGGAAGUCCAGCGUAGUGUCAUUGCGUUCAUCGAAUCGCCCGUUGACGAAAAGGAUGGAGACCGUCCGCACCUCCGCCGUCAGUCCGAGGCAACCCCCAUCGAACUGUUCUUUGACCUGUUCUUCGUCGCGAAUCUCUCGAGCUUUACGGCUACCCAUGAGAUCAACAAUGUGGAAGCACUUUGGGCCUACAUCGGCUUCCUCGGGGUCAUCUGGUUUACCUGGCUCCAAGUUACGUUGUUUGACAUCCGCUUUGCCCGAGACUCAAUCUUUGAGCGAAUUUGCAAGGCCGUUCAAUUGGCAGCCAUGGUUGGGUUUGCGUCAGCUGGCACACGAUUCACCACGCGUGUCCGGGCAGAAAACGUCUGGGCCUUCCAGUCCCUGAGCCUUAUCCUCGGCGGAAGUCGACUUUUACUCGCUCUGCAAUACACAGUCAACACGGUAUUUCUUCGGAGACGGAUGAUGCCUGCAGCUCGGGGCGUCUCCCUCAUUGCUGGAACACAAUUUGUCUCGAGUUUGACGUACCUCUUGCUGUACUAUGCCUUCCAGCAACAGCGUGGGCUCAGCCCCUAUAUAUGGACCGUUUGGUUUGUACUGUUUGGGGUGGAGAUGUGGGUGGUAAUGGGAACUUCAUCCGCUACUCCCGGGAUUGGACUUCAGGAUACCCAUCUCAAUACACGAAUGGGCCUCCUGACGCUGAUCAUCAUUGGUGAAGGCGUCAUUGCUGUCACCAGGAUUGUGAACAAGACAGUCGGCCCUGGCGGCUGGACGAAGUGGUCGUUUGUUCACAUCCUAGGCGUCACGACCAAUGUGUACUUUUUGUGGCAAGCAUAUUUCGACCUUUCCCCGAGACGGAUCCUGGGAAAGUACUCGCAGCAAAUCUGGGCCCAGCUACACUUCCCCUUCCACGUGGCCCUCAUUCUCCUCCUUGAAGGCUCGCAGAUCCUUGCCCUGAGCCUGGACAUCACGCUGAAACUCCGGUACCUGGCGGAAACCAUCUUGUGGGCGUGUGAAGAGCCACGACCUAGACCGGACCAUGCCAUUCGGACCCUUCAAACCACCAUUGCCGACAUGGAGAUCGACUAUAGCCGAGGGGCCAUAAACGAACAGAUUGCAAUCACCCGGAUCUUGGAUGAUCUUCCCAAUCAUCCGUUGUGCCCAUCCUAUCGAACGGGUCAAGUCCCCAUCAUCCGAGACAUGCUCAGUGAUCUGGUAGGGAAUGUGACGGCGGCGUUAUUCUCCACCAUGAGAAUCAUGCCCUCCAACCAACCCGAUCCCGGCCACCUCAGUAGUGAUCAGCUUCUGCAAAGGUAUAUGGCACUUCUAGAAUUCGUCUAUGUGUAUUAUUUUGCCGUUGCUUCCCUCACCAUGUUCUUCUUUGGUGGGUUUGUCUUAUUAGCGCGUCGCCACACACUCCGCCGAUGUACAAGCAUCAGCGCGACAACCCGCCUUACCCUGGGGGUCCUCCUUGCGAGCCUUGUGAGCUUCUCACGGUACUUUCCACUCGUCUACUCCUUCAUGACAUCCCCUGCUAUACUAUACGCGUUUACUCUUACAAUGCUCCUGGGGCACUGGGUUGUGUGGCUGCUGAAGAGUGGAACUGUCAUCUACCGACGCCCGCGCAGGGUUCUAGCAUACAUACAUGUGGAAAAAUCCGAUGCAGAGAGAGCUCCCAGUAGGAAUGCAUUCGUCCAUGCACGGCCGAGGCCAAGGCGGGAAAGGCCCUCAUCGUUUCCUGACACGGCCAUGUACAGUAAGCCAGUGUUUCGCAAGGGAAACGAACUGCAAGCCGAUCCCAAUGCACGCAUCGAUCGAAAAACGAUUGCAAAUAGGCAGAAGACACGCGCCACUGCCGGAAAGUCAGGACCAGCCAGCAGGUCCCGCUGGCAAACCGGGAAGGCAGCAGCGGGAACAGGCAUAAAGAAAGGCGGCUUCAUGCUACCGCCGCGGUAG